CUGAGGGACAGUGAGCUGGCCCCGUUUAAAAAGUUUGAGGACCCCCGGUUUAGAGCUAAACAAAACAAUAAGAGCAGACAUUUAUGUAGUGCUUAAAAUGUGAAUCUCACAACAAUCCUUUGAAAUAGGUACGUUUAUCUUGUUUUUUUCCAAGGUGGAAAUGGAGGCACAGCAAAGUAAUUAAGUCAAGUCUUGCCCAAGGUCAUGCCUCAAGUAAAAAGUAGGCAGUCUGACUCCAGAGUCAGUGUGGUUUCUCUGGGAAGUUUAACUUUAUAUUCGAAGGCCAAUCUAGACAUUUGCUCUACUUUCACAGCGCUAAAAGAUGCUCUUUUUAAAAUUUCAAAGUAGCAUAAAAGAUUGCAAUGACUCUGAGCUUCAGAAACAGUGCUGGAUUUUCUAGAUAGAAGAGGUCAAUGAUGAAAUAGUUAAGGGGAUACUGUAUAUUGAAAUGAAUAAAGACGGGAGGAGGGAUGGUGGGACGCACUGAAUUCUGAAUCUCAAGGUUCUUUUUAUAGAUGUUGAAUUCUAAGAUAAUGACUCACCAGGACAUAGGACAAUGAUUGUUUAAGUUACUAAUUUAAUGUCAUAAAACUUACACCCAAUGAAAUAAUAUUGAAUGGCACGAUAUAUUAAUGCAUAUUUUUUAAACGCUUACUAGAUUUGAAACCCUAGUGGUAGUAGGGUGUUCAGUAACACCCACAUUACCAUACUCAUUACCAUAACUCCCACAUUACCAUACUCAUUACCAUAACUCCUACAUUACCAUACUCAUUACCAUAACUCCCACAUUACCAUACUCAUUACCAUAACUCCCACAAUUACCAUAACAUGGGUGUUAUUGCAGGUUUCCUGUGCACUUCUGUCCAUUUGCUUUGUCCUUUUGUGGAAUCUCGCUCCACUUUUUCAGCUCGUACUAGGCAGUAGAGAACACUGUUGGGACCAGAAGGCCUCUUCGAACCAAGUAAUAUUUUUUGGCGGAAAAAAAAAAAAGUAAAAUCGUGUGGUCAGUUUUGUGAUAAACCUGGAAUAAAGUCAGUUUGAGGCUGUGUAGAAUUAGACGAGGGCCUGCAAACAGAUCCCAGCAGGAUGAAGAACGGUGGCAUUCUCUGAGAGCCUAAUUAUGUGUGUCCCGUUUUUUGGGAGUUGACAGUAUUCUUUUGGAGACAUCAGGCAUGAACAGAGUCACUGAAUCUAAACGGCCCCCAGAUAGGGGAGCUGGGUGUCACCACCCCUGAGGUCCAGGAAUCAGAGGAGGAAGUGCCCUCACAGGAAGUGCGGGCUGCGAGCCUGGUCAGCAGCCGGGGAGGACACGCUCUUUGCAGGCAUCUUACCUUGGAAACAGCACGCUUGGCUUCCAUGUCAUCUUUGAAUGUGAGGUAGUCCUAGUUUCAGCACGUCCCCAGUACAGACCAGCGGGCAGGCUCGUUCCUUCAAGGCGUCUCUGUGAAGCCUGUGGAGUGGCAGCCGUUCCGGAAGUGAAUGAUAAAGUGGCAGCCGCCUGUGAGUGGGCUGCAUGGCCAAAUGACUCAUGAAGAUCUUCAAGGAAGAAUGGUGAAAAACUGAAGAAAAAGGACAUCCCUGAAGUAACUCCAGUGCCAUCUAGGACUUUUGAGCAGCUGAAAGAAGAUAGUUCUGAGAAUGUGAAUGACCAGGACUCUAGCAUGUUUCUGUGCCUGUUUCUUACACUGUCUUUGUUAAGCCGUCCACUUUUGUGUGUGGUGUUUGAGUUAUUUUCCAGUACUGCGGUAGCUGGCAAUCUACUUACGAUCAGAGUCUUAUUCUGUAUGGAACAGCCGUGGGACAAGAAAUAGGAACAAUUCACUGGGAUGUUGGUUCCCAGAAAUGGACUUUCCCCGAGCAUUGCCAGAGGGUGUGUCGUGUGGGUGAAUGGCUUCCUCCUCCUGGCGUGCUGCUGCUCCUUGAAGUUCAUCGUGCCUUUGGUCUCAUCUUCCUCUAUCUGCUCUCAGCCUCUGUGAGGAGACAUCACAGCCUUCCCGGGUUGGGAGGGAAAAUAUGGAAUGUGUUUUACUGCUGACUGAACACGACCAAAUGAACUGUACUGACAGUGGUUUGAAAGCCAGCAGUUAGCAGUUUGUUCAGGCUCCAACGUGGGGUCCAGCACUUUCCAGAGCAAACUCUACUGUUUACAAGAACUCUCGGCCUUACAAAGUCUACAACCUCGAGCUUUUGUUUUAUUUAACAUAUUUCGGCGGAAGGAGAAGUCACCCGGAGCCCACUUCCCAAAAUGGCCCUGGACGAGUAUCUGUGGAUGGUGGUCUUGGGUUUCAUCAUAGCUUUUGUCUUGGCAUUUUCCGUGGGUGCCAAUGACGUUGCCAACUCGUUUGGGACUGCCGUGGGCUCUGGCGUGGUGACCUUGCGGCAGGCGUGCAUCUUGGCUUCCGUGUUCGAGACCACUGGCUCCGUGUUGUUGGGGGCCAAAGUAGGGGAGACCAUCCGGAAAGGGAUCAUCGACGUGAACCUGUACAACAAGACGGUGGGGACCCUGAUGGCCGGGGAGGUCAGCGCCAUGGUCGGUUCGGCUGUCUGGCAGCUGAUCGCGUCCUUCCUGAGGCUCCCGAUCUCGGGGACCCACUGCAUCGUCGGCUCCACCAUAGGCUUCUCGCUCGUUGCCAUCGGCACAAAAGGUGUGCAGUGGAUGGAGCUCGUCAAGAUCGUUGCUUCUUGGUUUAUAUCUCCACUGUUGUCUGGUUUCAUGUCUGGCGUGCUGUUUGUACUGAUCAGAAUUUUCAUCUUAAAAAAGGAGGACCCCGUCCCCAAUGGCCUCCGAGCACUUCCAGUGUUCUAUGCUGCUACGAUAGCAAUAAAUGUAUUUUCCAUCAUGUAUACCGGAGCACCAGUGCUGGGCCUGGUCCUGCCGGCGUGGGCCAUCGUGCUCAUUUCCUUCGGCGUCGCUCUCCUGUUCGCCUGUUUCGUGUGGCUCUUCGUGUGUCCGUGGAUGCGGAGGAAAAUAGCAGGUAAAUUACAAAAAGAAGGUGCUUUGUCGCGAGUCUCUGAAGAAACCCUCAGUAAAGGCCAGGAGGCGGAGUCGCCAGUGUUUAAAGAGCUGCCGGGAGCCAAGACGCAGGACGACAGCGUGAUCCCCCUCACCGGGGUAGCCGGGGAGGCGGCCGGGCCCUCGGAAGCGGCAUCUGCAGGGAUCCACCCCCGGGCCGCGUACGGUAAGGACACCUGGACAGCCAGCCGGGGUUCUGUGAAGGCGUCUCCAUGACCCCACUGGCUCUGAUGAAGUCCCCCGUCGUCCAACGCACCCUUCGCUCGAGGUGCCACGCGAGGGGACGCCACAGUGUACCCGACAACCGGUGCACCAGACUCCGGCUGCUACAAAGACCUGCGCAGCAGGACCACGGGGGACACCCGAGACAAGCCGCGCGCCGGACGCGCCUACAGGCUCCUGCGCCGCAACAACAGCUACACCUGCUACACGGCCGCCAUCUGCGGGAUGCCGGUGCAUGCCGCCUUCAGGGCCGCGGACCCGGCCGCGCCCGAGGACAGCGAGAAGCUGGUGGGGGACGCCGUGUCCUACUCCAAGAAGAGGCUGCGCUACGAUAGCUACUCCAGCUACUGCAACGCCGUGGCCGAGGCCGAGAUAGAGGCCGAGGAGGGCGGCGUGGAAAUGAGGCUGGCGGCGGAGCCGGCGGACCCCGGCCGGCCGCACGAGGACCCUGCAGAGGAAGAGAAGGAGGAGAAGGACACGGCCGAGGUCCACCUCCUGUUCCACUUCCUGCAGGUCCUCACCGCCUGCUUCGGGUCCUUUGCUCACGGAGGCAACGAUGUGAGUAAUGCUAUCGGUCCCCUGGUCGCCCUGUGGCUGAUUUACGAACAAGGUGCGGUGAUGCAGGAGGCAGCCACCCCCGUCUGGCUGCUGUUUUACGGAGGCGUUGGCAUCUGCACGGGUCUCUGGGUCUGGGGGAGAAGAGUGAUCCAGACCAUGGGGAAAGACCUCACCCCAAUCACCCCAUCCAGCGGCUUCACGAUCGAGCUGGCCUCGGCCUUCACGGUGGUGAUCGCCUCCAACGUGGGCAUUCCCGUGAGCACCACGCACUGCAAGGUGGGCUCGGUGGUGGCUGUGGGCUGGAUCCGCUCUCGGAAGGCCGUGGACUGGCGCCUCUUCCGGAACAUCUUCGUGGCCUGGUUCGUGACGGUGCCCGUGGCCGGGCUGUUCAGCGCGGCCAUCAUGGCGCUGCUCAUGUACGGGGUCCUGCCCUACGUGUGACCUGUCGUGCUGCGGCCGGAAA